CUUGCGCAUUGCGCGCUGAGGAAAUGAAAAAGCCAGCCAAGUUUUGGCAUCGCACGGUAUAGAAAGCACACAAAACUGUUCGCACUGCUUGAAACUCUUCAUAAAAUUCAGUGACAAAGCAUAAUUAAUAAACAAAUAGUAGUAUUUAAGUAAUAAAACAGUUUCUAAGUAGAAGUUUAGGCUUGUCUUUAGAGCGUAGUGUGGAAAUUGUAUAACGCUCUGCCAGCAGACAUAAAAAUGUUGUGAAGCUUAUGUUGGAAGAAAAAUCGAAAUUGUGACAAAUAUUGUAAAGGAAUGUGCAAGAUGUAAGGAAAUUUGUUACGGAAGUAUUCCUUGAUUAAUCUAAUGUGAUUUCGGAAAAUUUCGGCUUCGAAAGGCAGUGAAAUUUUGGAAAUUUUGGGGUGUGUAGGGCUUGAGUAGCAAAAGUGUUGACGACUGCCUUUCCUUUAUCGAUUAAAGCCGCACAAGUUGUUGCUGUCUUUUUACUUGAGCUGUCAACAAUUGCGACAGUCAUAAGUGAUUACGUGGAAGCCCUUUUACGCUGUGGAAUCGCGAAAUGAAAAGAGUUGCGGAAAAUAGAGUUACUCAAAUACCAUAAUAAUACAUAAUAUAGAAAUCUUCAAAUCUAAGCCCUUUUACGGUAAUAAAAAAUACGUUACUCGUUGUUGUGAUGUCACGAGAAAUUACAAAAACUAAAACAUUUCUAGUUUUGACUUAGACAAAAUCGGCAUUUCGCUUAAGUAAAUUUUCUCGCUUGCGCGCCGCAAAGUAGACUAAACUAUUUGCAUUUGUGCUUCGGGGCGGCGAAUGUGUGUAUUGUUGCUACGAUUACAACAAUUUCGCAUUGAAUUGUCUAUCCACUGAUUAUCAAGAACAUUUGUACACCUUGAAAGUGCAUAGAAUUGUUAAAAAGCGGAAAUGGAAUCCGCUCAGGCAACAACUUAUGAACCGUUAGAAGGUCGCGGCGCCGGCAUACGACAUGAGCCCAUGGACAGUCCGGAGGCGGACGUACGCGCACCUAAAGAUCACAAACAUUCCGUGUAUGUAGCAUUGUUGGCCGCUGGUAUUGGCUUUGUGUUGCCCUAUAACAGUUUCAUCAUCGCCGCCGACUACUGGCAGGCACGCUUCCCCGGCCGCUCCGUGGCAUUGGACAUGUCCAUGACGUAUAUAAUUGUCGCCUUUGCCACUGUUCUACUCAAUAACGUUUUUCUAUCGCUGGCGCCAUUUCGUGUGCGUAUUCUUUUCGGCUACGUGGUGUCCUUUACCACACUCAUCUUUGUGGCCGUCUGCGAGGUGGCAUUUCAUAUGUUCGCCGCCAAUACGGCGUAUUCAGUGAACUUGGCUGCUGUGUCUUUGGUGGCCAUCGGCUGUACAGUCCAACAAUCUAGCUUCUAUGGAUUUGCUAGCAUGCUACCGAAGCAGUAUACCCAAGCAGUAAUGGCUGGAGAGAGUAUUGCUGGUUUUUUGGUAUCUUCCAAUCGUGUGGUCACAAAGAUGUUAAUACAAAAUGAUCGACUAUCAACGGUGAUCUUCUUUCUCACUUCGACACUGUAUGUGCUACUCAGUUACGCAAUGCAUUUAUUCACUAUUAAUUCACCGUUUGUACGGUACCAUAUGAAGGCGUGUGCAAAGAUUGUACUCCGGCCUGAUGAAGAUCGACUGCAAAAUGACCUCGACGGUGACACGCCCAUUGCCAAAUACGGUGUAUUAACGCUGGAGCCCACUUCGCCGCCGGCAAAUGCGACAAAUAGCACAACAGGCGCACUGAGCUUCAGCAAUCCCGUUUAUGAGCUUUCCAAUCCAACGGCUGGUGAAAGUGUAAUAGAGGGACUCAAUAGUUUGCCCGAUAUGCCAAGCACUCCGCAAGAGUCCACUACACCGACCACAGUGGCUUUUAAGGUAGAGCACGUACUCACGCCCGGUACUUGUACGCCCGGCAAGCUGAGCGAUCUGAAAAAUGGCUUUGUCUCACGUUGGACCGUCGCCCAAGCGAUCUAUCCAUACAUGGUGUGUAUCGCGCUGGCCUACUGCGUCACACUCUCUCUAUAUCCUGGCAUCGAAUCGGAGAUUAUUUCAUGCAGUCUCGGCACAUGGUUGCCAGUACUGCUUAUGUUUACCUUCAACACGGCGGACGUGAUUGGAAAACUGCUCGCUGCUCUGCCAUAUCCAUGGUCACGACGUCAGUUAAUAUUAAUGUCUGGUUUACGCAUCGUUUUGGUGCCACUAUUGCUCUUGUGCUGUGCUCCGCGUCAUCAACCUGUCAUUUCUGGCGAGACAGCGGCUUUUAUUUUCACAAUCGGUUUGGGCGUUAGUAACGGUCUCGCUGGCAGUCUUCCAAUGAUGCUGGCGCCAGCCAAAGUACCCGGCACACUUAAAGAGGUGACCGGCAACAUGAUGACACUUUCGUAUAAUGUCGGCUUAACGACUGGUUCACUAAUCGGUUACGUCUUUGAAUCCAUGCUGGGUGCACAGCUCACCAAUCCAUGUCCGACCUACCCGUACGCACCGGCCUCAAUGUUAGACCCAACCGGCGCGCAUGCGCAAUUUAUCAGCACUACUAGCACGUCAAGCACCGCUGCACCCAUUUUGAACACGACAGCCGUUGCUGCGGCGCUGUUUACCACAACAGUUUCCACAUUAUUACCGACCACCGAAGCGAGCACAACCGCUUUGGCGACCACAACAGCAGCGGCAGCUGUGUCCACAACCAGCACAACCAUGGCGCCGCUGUUGCCCACUUUAAUAACGCCGACUACCGCCUUGGUGACCUCUACAGCGGCGGCGAUUUUGAGUUCGGUAGCGGGCACCAUCGACAAUGUAGUCUCCGCCGUGGUGAGCACCGUCUCAACGGCGGCUCUGGGCGACUUGACUGGUGAGACGAGCAUAAGCACCACAGAUCCCCAAACGCCAAUAGAGCUGAUGCAACAGAUUUAAACGGUUUGUGUGGCGGAUUUUAACAUGACUGUGGAUCGAGACUGAAAGGUGUUUUAGUAAAGGUCAAAAGUAUUUAAAAUGGACAGCUUAGUCGGAAAGUACCCCGGCUUGAAAGACGUUUGGAUCUGCAAGGUCGCUAUAAUAUAUGACAAAUUUGCUGUGGUUUAAGAAAUUUUGUAAAUAGCUGCUUUAAGUUUUUGUAUUCAGGUCGAAUAAUUUGUGGGUGUGUUAAGUUUUCUUUUUACAUAGACCUCGCUAUGUGUGUUUGACUGAAAUGCUGUUGGUCGUGUUUGUAAUCUAAAACUAGAGUGCUCACAUAUACGAAAUGAAGAACUACACCCAUUUUAUUUGACACAACUCAAAGCAUGAAACAAAAUUGUUACCAACAAUAAGCGGAAAAAGGUUUUAAAAAAGAGAUAAUACAUUUUAUUCAUAGUACUUGCUGCUAACGGCAUGUCAUACUCAUAGCAAACACAAAAUAAUAUACUCAUACUGAAAAUUAGCUUACAUACGUAAAAACAUUCAUACUUAGAUACAGAUGAUUCCAAGUAACUGAAGUAAAAAAACAAAUUCGAGUAAGAACUUGCGCCAAUAAUGGCUACGUAAAUUUAACAUAUUUUAAUAUUUUUUCACAGUAACGACAAGCUAAAGCCGAUUGCAACUUUUAAGCGCCAAGUGCGAGUAAAAUUCCGCGCCUAAAGGUAGGCUACAAGGUUUGAAACAAGCUGCAGCGUUGCUUACUUUUAAGCGCUGAUUUUUUAACUCGACUAUCAGCGCUCGUAUUUCAAAGACUUGCUUUUUUGGUUUUAUAUACUCGUAAAUAUCACCCUAACUUAUACUCAGUUAUAAAUAAUAUAUGAAAAUUAAAGUAUUAUGAAACCCGUAAAUCGCGUGCAAUUCAGUGGAUAUGUGCUAGAAAUUAAAAACUAAAACCAAAACACUUAUAAAACGCGUAUAACUCAAAAACAUUAAGGGCAGUUGGUACUUAAGGAAAUAUAAUAGAUUAAGAGACAGUGUGACGAAUACUUUUAGGCGUGUUACUAUGUUUUUCCAGCAUAACCAAAAGAGCUGAUAGAAAUUUAAAUUCUUAAAAUUACAUGAGAUAUAUUUUUAAUAUGUGCAUACAUAACUACAUACAUAAGGUUUAAAAAUAAAAGGGAAAUAACUAAAACAAAAAAAAACCGACUUAAAGGUAUAGCAAUCGGAUUUGCCGAAAACUGUGUCAUAGUAACUAAACCAAUUUUUUGAAUUUUGGUAUUUAAAAUUUGCGAUUUCAGUUACUUACAUUUUCCGUUUUGUGCCUUAUUCUUAAUAUUGUUAAAUGUUUUUUUUUUUUAUGUGGGUUUCCAAAUGAUGCAAUACUAACAAAAAUAUUAAUAUUUAUUACUGAUCUUUUAAUUGAUCACUGAAGACUUUCAGAGAUUCUCAUGUCACUGUGAAAAUCGUAGAGUACAGUUGAAAACUAUCUAUUUUUUAUCCCUCACAUAGAAUAAUCAAAUCUUCAUUUAUCGUAAGAAUAACAGAAGAAAAGAGAUCCAAGAUGAUCAUGUUUGUAUUGCGAAUAUAUUGAUGACAUUCUUCAAGUUCCAAUUCUGUUUGUCAUGAAGUUGCUCGAUUCAGCUAAUAAUGAAGCUAAGCAAUUCUUCACUAGAUAUGAGCGAAUCUUGUCUAUUCUAGUUUCACCGAAAAGUUACAGUUAUUCAAGAAUAUCUGUUACAAGCAAUUGAGAUUUUUUUGGAAAAAUCUAUGUUAUUUUACCUGGUUAGGCUUGAUCUUGUGUCUAUGACAAAACAAGUAAUUUGUUGAAAGAAGGCUGAGCUUUGUCUAAAUUUAACUGAUUUUUGAGCGGGUCGAGUAUCUGUUUCGAGACAAUGAAAAAGAUCGAGUAAGGGAAACGCCAUCCCCACACACUGGGCACUGAAGCUGUGCAUAUCAAACCCACUGUUAGUCUUAUAUGAAAAUAAGCCUUGGCUUGUCUCAAAUUUCAAAUUAUUUGAGUUAUUUAUUUUUUUAUCACUUUUUCUUUUCAUAUAAUUUGUUUAUAAUAUUUAUCGCUCUUUUUUAAUAGAAACCUAAACUUGGUUAUCCCGUAGCAGCUCUAUAGUCUUUGGCGGCUCCUAAAAAGUAUCACUAGAAUCAAAAGACAAGAAAGAAAUUAUGAAAACUAUAUAGUUUCAUACAAGUAUAUAGCAAAUGCAAAAACAAAAACAAA